GCAUCUGAGAAUCCUGAGUGCGUCCGUGCAGGUUUACGUACGAUAAAGAAAAUUAUUAACUGGUCAAAAACAUUAAAUCACUGUUAGUGUUGUGGAUACACGUACUAACGAUUUCCCAAUGUAAUAGGUGUUCUAGUCAUCUGACCAGGGUUUUAGGCUAAAAGCAAGACAAAAUGGCUGAGUUGACGGUGGGAAAGGGAGUUUCUGCUGGAAAAAUUGCGAGCAAUGUGCAGAAAAAAAUAACCAGGGCUCAAGAAAAGGUUCUACAAAAACUUGGCAAGGCCGAUGAGACCAAAGACCUUGCAUUUGAGGAAGGAGUGAUUAACUUCAACAAACAGCUGGCUGAAGGCACCAAACUGCAGAAAGACCUGCGAGCCUAUUUGGCUGCUGUAAAAGCAAUGCACGAGUCUUCUAGCCGUCUCCAGGAGUGCCUGGCUGAUAUGUAUGACCCAGACUGGUACGGUAAAGAAGAAAUGGACUCUACUAUAGAGGACUCUGACCUCCUGUGGACAGACUUUCACCAGAAACUGGUGGAUCAUGCUUUGAUCUCCAUGGACACCUAUUUGGGCCAGUUCCCUGAUAUCAAGGCCCGUAUAGCGAAGCGAGACAGGAAGCUGGUGGAUUAUGACAGCGCCCGCCACAACUUUGCUGCCGUGAACAAGGGCAAGAAGAAGGAAGGAGGCAUUAAGAUUUCAAAGCCAGCAUCCUUGUUGGAGAGGGCCACUCCAGGAUGGGCACAGGGGAUUCUGUCAGCUCAUAACGUUGCUCAGAGCAACCUCUCCAGGUGUCAGGCGGAGGAAGAGUUAGAGAGGGCCCAGAAGGUGUUUGAGGAUAUCAACAUAGAUCUCCAGGAGGAGUUGCCGUCACUCUGGAACAGUCGUGUUGGCUUCUAUGUAAACACCUUCCAGAGCGUGGCAGGUCUGGAGGAGAAGUUUCACAGAGAAACAGGGAAGCUGAGCCAAAAUAUGCAUGACAUACUGGUGAAACUGGAGAAUCAAGACAUGUCAAGAAAAGCAGGUAACCGAGGGGGGAAGACAUCAGCCACCCAAAGGAGUGACCAAACACAAGAUACAAAUCACACUCUAAGCCCAGGAGGACCACCUGCCAUCCCUAAAUCUCCAUCUAAGCUGAGACCUGCUGUUCCUCCACCACCUAAAGUGACCCCAUCAAAGGAUCUGAAACAGGAUAACAUCAUUAACCUGUUUGAUGAAGCAGCAGCUACACCAGCUAUCAGUGUUACCUCUCCAACACAAUAUGACACACCAGUCACCAGCCAUCUUUUAGACAUGGACCUGGAUGCACUGCAGGCUGCUACCACCCCUGUCGCCUCUGGUCCAGCUCCGCAGAACUGGGAUUCAUGGGAGGCGAAUGAGCAGGCAGAGAGCCACGGGGAGGUCCCUCAGACUUGGGAUGAUGAGGAUGAUAGCCAGCCUGUACGCACUAGCGGGGGGGAUGGCGCUGCCCAGCCCACCUGGGAGGAUGACGGUAGUCGUCCCGCGCACACGGCAGAGCCCAUACAUCCUGCCUGGGAUGACGAUGGUAGCCAGCCGGUGCGCACAGUGCCAGCCGCCCAGCCGACUGGGGACGAUGAUGGGUCCCAGCCAGUGCAGGCUCAGGGUUGGGACAGUGAUGGGGCUCAGGGAGCAGAAAGUUCGGUUGCCACAGAAGAGGUGGCAGGACCAGCAGAAGCUGAUAAAGCGAGCACAGAGGUGGAAAUGCCACCAGGCUUCCUGAACAAAGUUAAAACGAUGCACGACUACAAUGCCAAUGACUCAGACGAGCUUGAGCUCAAAGCUGGAGACGUGGUGCUCGUGGUGACCUAUGAUAACGCAGACGAGCAGGACGAGGGCUGGUUGAUGGGGGUGAAGGAGGCGGACUGGCUUCAGACAAAAGAUCUCAGCAAAAAAGGGGUGUUUCCUGAGAACUUCACGCAGAAGAUGUGAGAGCCAGAAUGGGACCUUUUCUGUAUGCUUCGCCCUGUGCUCUUCUUCCAUGAAUCUUUGGGUGUUUAGUACGGAGUGAGGUGUGAGAAACAGCUUUGCAGCAGCGUAGGCAGAAAACCUCGUGCACAUCUAACAUGCACGUGACUCUGUUGAAGACUUUGUAUGACAGAGAGCAGACAUGCUCUUAAUGGAUUCAUGUUCAUACUCUUUCGGGUGGGCUCUAGAGUGGAUGUCAGACCUUCUCUGUGUGUCAGGUUUUAAUUUGCGUAUUCUUUGAAAAUUGAGGAACAUGCUUUGUGAUAUUAUACUCAGCUGAGAGGCUUAUGCUGUAUGUGCCAGCCUGUUGAAUAUUUACACCACUUGGGUGUUAAUUGCCAUCUUUUGUAGAGGCUAUCCAUGCCAACCCUGAGGCCUCCACUACCCUCACUAAUCCUGUCCCUCUCUCUGGGUAGGAUACUCACAUAAAAAUAAGUAACCUAUGAACCUUUUAAAAAAGACAUGAGACUUUAGUGUUUAAUAAUACAAAUAAGAGAUUGCAUGAUACUUUUUUGAAUUGUAAUCAAGUCAAAGCUGAGAUAGCUUGGGGAGGAUUCACAAUAUCCUCAGGCCUGUAGAUGAUUCCCUAUGGCCAUCCUUCUAUCUGUUAAAUCAAAGGACCUCAACAGUUAUUAUGUGAGAUAGGAGUGAGUCUUUACCUAAACACUGUAUCUGAAAAUCUCAGUGUUAGUAUAGUAAACAGACUAGUCUUUAACAAACUACUAAAAGAAAUAAAAAUAUAUUGUCAUACUGCAAACAAAAACACCAACAAAAAGAUCAUCCCAUAACUAUAUGCAGGUAAACACUGACAUAUGCAGCUAGUUUAGACACUAAGGAACAUGUAUUUUGCUCAGGUUAAAUGGUAGAAAUACAAGCAGAAACACUGUGGUGUGUCUGGCCCUCAACAUUGACGUGAGGAAAAUUUGACCAUGUUCAGUGCUUUCCCAACUCUCUCACCCACAUUAAUGGGCUCUACAGUGCUUACUGAAAGGCAUAAAUCAGUGCUGUCAUAUAUUGAUGGUAAUUCUUACUCAAUGCUCUGUGGAAACACACUAGAUCUUGGUGACUCUGUUCUUUGAGAUGUGUAAUUAUGCAAUAAUGUGUUAACGAAUCUUUAUUCCUUCUGUCACCACAUUCUUGGAAGUGUCUCCGAGAUGCUGAUAUGUAUUCUGAUUGAAAGAAAGUGUGUGUGUGUGUGUGUGUGUGUGUGCGUCAGCGUCUUCUGGGAGUGGCAGUUACUUUCCUAUGGUGCAAAUUUUAACCACAGCCAGAAAUAUGCAUAAUGUCUAUUGAAUUAUAUUACACUGUAUUUAUAGUUUAUUUUUGUACAUUGUGAGUCAGCUGACAGCAGAGGAGAUACUGAUGACUGCUUAUAGUGUAAAACUCGUGUGUGCCAUGGAUGGAUUCUUAUCUGGGUUUCUUAAUAAUUCACAGUCUUAUAAAGUAUAUUGUGUAACAAUUGUUAGAUUUCUGUGUGUGAACACUUUAAAGUUCAUUCUUUUGUCAGUUAGUUUAUUUGGAAACAUAACUUCCACUUUGUAUUAUUGUGUCUCCUGCUAUGAAUUUUAACCUUGUUGUAAUGACAUAGUCCACACAGAGGGAGAGAUAAAUUGGACCAUGUGUAGCCUGGUUGACAAUUCUUGUGCUGUGUUAAAAGAAAAUCUUUUUUAUUUUCCUAUUUAUUCUUGAUCUUCCUGUAAUGAGGCACUUCUAAUGUCCACGGGCAGAAGCGUUUCAUCCACGUGCGGUUGUGUGUACGUGUGUGAUCUUGACACUUGAGCUUGUGUCCUUCAGUUAACACUACAUCUAUAAUAUAAUUACUGAAGCUUUGGCUAUUGUUCUGGCUGACAGAUCUCGAGUAGGUUUGAUUAGAUCUUAAUAAACACACUGAGAGGUCGAAAAACAUGCUAAUUCCUCUUUACUUCAGAAUAAUAACAGUAUAUUUGCUUCUGUUAUUGUGCCAGUGCAUUUGUAAAUGUGAACAUGGUGUCAUUUUUGUUGAGCUUCACCGGUGAAUAUACAUAAUAUCCUCUCAACAUAUGGACAGUGUAUGUGUGGCCAUUGUGCGAAUGUGACAGGGGCAUGCUUAACCUCAUGUAUAGUGUGUUGGUGUAUUUAUGUUAUCUUGCUGAGGUGGCUGUGAGGUCCAGGUCCACCUUAUGCUUCUAUAAGCCAUGAGUGUUCCUAUACUACAGCUGUGUACAUUGUUGUCUAAUGAGUACUAAUAAACCUUAAUUUAAUUCCAGUA